CUUCUAAGUCCAUUACAAUUGAUCCCACAAGCCGUUAUCAAUAUGUCUAAUUCCACGACCAACUCCUCCAUACCCCCAGCGCCAGUCUCGCGGACAAGACCUUUGAGCGAAGCGCUGCUCAACGAGAAGUGGGACCGAUGCCUCUCCUCCAUGCUCAUACGAUCUGGCCUUGGCCUCUCAUUCGGUGUUGUAUUUUCCGUUCUCCUAUUCAAGCGCCGUGCGUGGCCGGCUUGGGUAGGUUUGGGCUUUGGAGCAGGAAGAGCUUGGGAAGAAUGUGAUAAUUCCUUCAAAAAUGCUUCCUUAGCCUCGAAAGACGGUCUCCGCGUUCUGCGACCGUGACCGACCGAAGAAUUGUUACUAUUCGACAGACAAGACCAUUCAUCAUCGAUAUCACGCUUCUGUACAUUACCAUAGUGGCUUUCUAGACUGGGGCGAAACACAUAGUAAAUCCUACAAUUACGACAUCAAAGUUAUCUGUGCUCUUUGGUAUUAUCGUGACCGGUCAAACCCGCAAACUAUUUGAGCAGAUAGGAACGCAAGGGGCACAUGUUGUUGUCAUAUUGAAACUACCUGUGUCUGUCUCAAACAAUGAGUUUAUUAGCUACAAGUUAACACGCAUAAUUUACUUCCAAAGGUGUUGGUGUACCUG